GGGACGGGGACGGACAUGGCUGCCCCCAGCCAGCCCCAGCCGGUGGCCUACAACGCCAUCGUCAUCGGGGCUGGCAUCCAGGGCUCCUUCGCCGCAUACCACCUGGCCCAGCGCCACAGGGACGUCCUCCUGCUGGAGCAGUUCAUCCUGCCCCACUCGCGGGGCAGCUCACACGGGCAGAGCCGCAUCACCCGCAGCGCCUACACCCGGGCGCUCUACGCCCGCAUGAUGCCCGACAGCUUCCGCCUCUGGCAGCGGCUGGAGGCCGAGGCCGGCACCAGCCUCUACAGGCGGACGGGGCUGGUGGUGCUGGGGCCGGCGGGAGACACGGAGCUGGAGGGCUGCCGGCGCAGCCUGGGUGCCGGCGAGAUCCUCGACGCCACGGUGCUGGCCCGGCGCUUCCCCGGCCUCCGGCUCCACGCCGGCGAGGUGGCCGUGUGGGACAGCACCGGCGGGGUGCUCUUCGCCGACCGGGCGCUGCGGGCGGUGCAGGACGUCUUUCGCCGGCACGGGGGCACCCUGAGGGACGGGGAGAAGGUGCUGUGCAUUGAACCUGGGGCCGUGCUCACCAUCACCACCACCGCCGGGGUGUACCGAGCCCCCCGGCUCAUCAUCGCGGCCGGAGCCUGGACGGGUGCCCUCGUGGCACCCCUGGGUCUCCGCCUGCCGCUGCAGCCUCUGCGCAUCGACGUCUGCUACUGGAGGGAGAAGGAGCCGGGCAGCCCCGGCGCGGGCAGAGCCGGUCCCUGCUUCAUGGCGCUGGGGCUGAGCCAAGCCCCCCACGGCGUCUACGGGCUGCCCGCCCUCGAGUACCCAGGACUGGUCAAGGUGUGCUACCACCACGGCAGCCCCGCUGACCCUGAGGAGCGGGACCGGGUCCCCCCAGGCACCCCCCACCCCGCCGUCGCCCUCCUGAGCAGCUUCAUCAGCAGCUACCUGCCCGGGCUGGAGCCCCAGCCGGCCGUGGUGGAGACCUGCCUCUACACGAACACCCCGGAUGAAGACUUCAUCCUGGACCGGCACCCCAAGUUCAGCAACAUCAUCAUCGGGGCUGGCUUCUCGGGUAGGCGAGGGCACCCAGUCCCCACCGGCACCCCAGAGCUGGCCGUGGGGGUGGCUGUGUCCCCCCCCCCACUCCCCCUCCUCCCCACAGGCCACGGGUUCAAGCUGGCGCCAGUGGUGGGGAAGCUGCUGUGCGAGCUGAGCCUGGGCGAGGAGCCGUCCCACAGCACAGCGCCCUUCGCCAUCACCCGCUUCCCCGGCGUGCUCCGGGCUGCACUGUAGGCGUGGGGCCCAGGCUGUGCCCGCACGGCAUCGCGCUGGCCCGCGGCGGUGUCCCGGUGUCCUUACGCCCCGGUGUGCCGGCAUCCCCGCAGCCCCGGAUCCCCACGUGUCUCCAUCUUCCUGCAUCCUGGUGUCCCAAUAUGCUGCACCCCAGCACCCCUCCACCCCCACAUCCCAGUUACCCUGCAUCCCCACGUCCCCAUCCUCCACCAUCCCAGCACCCAGCAUCCUGGCACCCCUCCACCCCCGCAUCCCCCCAUCCCAGCACCCUGGCAUUCCCAUACCCCUGCAUCCCUGCUCCCUGCAUCCCAGCACCCCUCCAUCCCCGCACCCCUGCAUCCCUGGAGCCCCACACCCUGCAUCCUGACAACGCAGCCUCCCCACAUCCCAGCUUCCCCACAUCCCAGCCUCCUGGUACCCUGCCUCCCCCCAUCCCUGUAUCCCGGCAUCCCCUGUGCCACGCAAUGCCAAGCUGUUUCUACCAAGCACCCGCUCCCCGGAAACAAAUUAAGGAGCUUUGUCAGCCUCAUGAAGAUGGAGCUGGAACAGCGCGGAGAGACACACUCGCUUAGGAGUCAAGUUAAAUGUUUUAAUGUUAAAUGUGCCAUUUUAUUAUCAUUAGAUCGCUCCCACUUA